AUAAAAGCAAAUCUGUCAAAAGUUUACUAAAAGAAUCAAAGUAUAGUAGUGAAUCGGUUAAACCAAAUUUAUCUGGUAAUGAUAACAGCCUUUUCGAAGAUGAUAUAGUAGCAGAUCUAAAUAAAACAGAGUUCGAGGAAUUAGAACUAGAUGAAGAGGUUUUAACAGAUAAUAGCCAAGAGUCAAGUGAUUCUGAUCUUGAAGGUACUUGA